AUACAGUCUAUGGUUAUAAUGCAUGAUUGUUAAAAGAGUUGAAUAAUGGCGCCAUCAAGCGGUUAGUUAGUAACACUGCAACUGAAAGCGGCGCACUUCUUUCCGGAAGUAUCGUGCGGGAGGAGUUCAGCUUCCUGCCUGUUAAUCCACUUGUUGAUUCAUGGAGGAGACCGAGGGGGUGGAUACGAAGUGAAAGCACCACUGAAAAGUAAGAACAAUGGUGGAAACAGACAGGUAAAAAGACAGGUAGAUUGUAGAACAUUAACCCCGGCUGUUGAGCACAAUGUUCGGGUUGAGGAUAGCCGGUGUCCUCGGAGCCUCCGUGGCUGUGGCUGGAGGAGUCGCUUAUCUUAUCUGGAACUACGCGUCCUCUCCCGGGGAGAAGGAGACCCAGGAAGGCGGUAAAGAGAACAAAACGCGGCUGGAGGAAGACUGUAAAAAGGCCGAAAAUGAAGAAAAACGAAGGGAGGAAAAUGCGAAUGAACAAACUGUUGUCGUCGCUGCUGAAGCGCCGGUUGUCGCUGCAGAAGCUCCGAAAGCACCCGAGUCCAAGCCAGUGCAGUCAGCAGGGACUCAGGUUCUGGUUCUGGGUCUGGAUGGAGCCGGUAAGACCAGCCUGCUGCACUGUCUGUCCACCGGCUGCCUGGAGCACGACAUGGAGCCGACGCACGGCUUCAACGCCGUCUCCAUCAGCAGAGAGGACCUGCAAAUCGAGUUCCUGGAGAUUGGAGGUAAAGCGGAGCUGAGGCCCUACUGGCAGAAGUACAUGUCCAAGGCGCUGCUGCUGGUCUUCGUGGUCGACUCCUCCAACCCGGAGCUCUUCCCCGUCGCUAAGAAACAUCUCCAUGAGCUGCUGGCCUCUGACCCCCGCCUGCCUUUAAUGGUACUGGCCAACAAGCAGGACCUUCCAGGAUCCUGCGGCAUCACCGACCUGCACGACGCUCUGUUUCUGUCCGGGGCCGGGGACCGCAGGUUGUUCCUCAUCGGCACCCACGUGAAGAAGGGCGAGGCCGAGCUCAGCUCCGGCGUUCAGGACGCUCGAGACCUGAUCCUGCAGAUGGUCUCUGACAGCAGAUAAGACACUCCUGCUUAAUCCUGGGUUUUUGAUUUAACAGGUUCUCUGCACCUUUUGGUCGAGACCUUUAUUUAUUUAUGAGAAAAUUAAAAAGUAUUUGCCGUCUUGAUUUGAGUAAACUAGAAUCUGGAUUUAUUUAAAGACGCUAAAAACCGAUUUUGUGGUUCACCGUUACCAACAAACUAGAUCUUCAGAGUUGUUUUGUUGUCUUAAUUUAAACUUAAGGCCUACAGGAAGCUCUUAUGUUCAAACGUUAUAGUCACCAAAGAUUUAUUUUCACCAAAUCGGAUGUUGAGUCUCAUCAACAGAGCCAUACAUGUUCCACUUUACUGACUGUUACUGUGCUGCUUAUUCCUAAUGCCACUCAGCGCUGUAGGUGAUGGUCGGACGGUACAGAAUCUCAGUGGCUUUAUUUCAGGGUGUAGGUUUAAUCAAGCCAUCAGAUUCAUCACCAGCAAAGCUAACCGUCUUUUAGCUUCAGUUUGUGCCAGAAAACUAAAUGUAAAAGCACUGUCGACUCUAACGGAGUUAUUUAUCUGGACUGCAUCAUAGUGUUUUCCAUGUGUCGUGAUCUGAAGAAUAUAAAAUAGCUCGACUCCUAAAGCUCUCCUAUGAUGUUUUUAUGAGGAAAAGAGCUGUCAUUUCAACCUAAUAUGAGGCUUCUGAUUAAGAUCUGGUAUUAUUACUUCACAUUUUGGCAAAACACACCCGAAAAAGCUGCUCUAUUCAGGUGGUACGUGAUGUUUUGUGUACUUUUAACUCUGAAGCCGUGACUUCUUUCUGCCAUCUCGCACGGCAACAUGCAUUUGAACUAUUGCAGCUUUAAAACAUAAGAAAGGAUUGUUCCCAAGCUCUCUAAUGACCCGUUAAUAUUUGAACUGAUAGAGAAAGUCGACACAAAACCCACCCAAGCAUCGUCUAAAUAAAACAGUGGUUUAACUAAGCAUUUCAAAUGAGGUCUGCCUUAAAAAUCAGCUGUUUUAUUGUCAUUUAAUUAUUGAAAACAAGUCACCUGAACCUUAACACUACCCAUCACUGUUACUGCAGGGUGUUAUUGUUGGAUCACAUUAUUGGUUUUGUAAUAAAUGUUCGUACAUACUUUAAUACGUGUUUUCUAGUCACUUUUGUAAUAAUGUGUUGUUGUUGUUGUUGUUGUUGUUGUUUAGAGAGAUGUACACAGCUGCUUGUUAUAAAGUCUUAAUGCUUUCUUAUUGGGUGAAAUGUGUCUGUAAACAUUGGGAUAAAAGGGAAAUACACCGUACGUGCAAAGCCUUCAGGAGUACCAUUUAUAAGGAGGUUUGAAAAAAGAAGCACUUUUUAUUUCCUCUACAUUUUCAGAGCCUUUUACCAAAAGCAACAUGUCAAACAGACAGUAUUUGUGUGAACAGUUUGAAUGUAUUUUUUCACACUUAAAUAAAUUGUUUCCACUAAA